AGGAUGGUAUGAUUAUCGGGAAAUGCUGCACAAUGCCACUUUCUGUCUGGUUCCUCGUGGUCGCAGGCUCGGAUCCUUCAGUUUCCUGGAGGCUCUGCAGGCUGCCUGUGUCCCUGUGAUGCUCAGCAACGGAUGGGAGUUGCCGUUCUCUGAAGUGAUUAAUUGGAACCAAGCUGCCGUCAUAGGCGAUGAAAGAUUGUUAUUACAGAUUCCUUCUGCAAUCAGGUCUAUUCAUCAGGAUAAAAUCCUAGCACUUAGACAGCAGACACAAUUCUUGUGGGAGGCUUAUUUUUCUUCAGUUGAGAAGAUUGUAUUAACUACACUAGAGAUUAUUCAGGACAGAACAUUCAAGCACAUAUCACGUAACAGUUUAAUAUAGAACAAACAUCCUGGAGGAUUGUUCAUCCUACCACAGUAUUCAUCUUACCUGGGAGAUUUUCCUUACUACUAUGCUAAUUUAGGUUUAAAGCCCCCUUCCAAAUUCACCGCAGUCAUCCAUGCAGUCACCCCCCUGGUCUCUCAGUCCCAGCCAGUGUUGAAACUGCUCAUGGCCACAGCCAAAUCCCAGUACUGUGCCCAGAUCAUAGUUCUAUGGAAUUGUGACAAACCCCUACCAGCCAAACACCGCUGGCCUGCCACUACCAUGCUUGUCAUCCUCAUUGAAGGAGAAAGCAAGGUCAUGAGCAGCCGUUUCCUGCCCUAUGACAACAUCGUCACCGAUGCAGUGCUCAGCCUGGACGAGGACACCGUGCUCUCCACCACAGAGGUGGAUUUUGCCUUCACCGUUUGGCAGAGCUUCCCCGAGAGAAUUGUGGGGUACCCAGCGCGUAGCCACUUCUGGGAUAACUCUAAGGAGCGGUGGGGGUACACGUCCAAGUGGACAAAUGACUACUCCAUGGUGUUGACUGGAGCUGCUAUUUAUCACAAAUAUUAUCACUACCUGUACACCCAUUAUCUGCCAGCCAGCCUGAAGAACAUGGUGGACCAGCUGGCCAACUGUGAGGACAUUCUUAUGAAUUUCCUGGUGUCUGCUGUGACAAAAUUGCCUCCAAUCAAAGUGACCCAGAAGAAGCAGUAUAAGGAGACAAUGAUGGGACAGACUUCUCAGGCUUCCCGCUGGGCUGACCCUGACCACUUUGCCCAGCGACAGAGCUGCAUGAAUACGUUUGCCAGCUGGUUUGGCUACAUGCCGCUGAUCCACUCUCAGAUGAGGCUCGACCCCGUCCUCUUUAAAGACCAGGUCUCUAUUCUGAGGAAGAAAUACCGAGACAUUGAGCGACUUUGAGGAAUCCAGCCAAGUGGGGGAGGGGAAGCGAGAAGGGACUGGGGUCAAGCUGCUCUCUCUUCCCAGUGCAGAUCCACUCAGCCACGGGGCCAGAUUGUGCCAAGUAGCCAAAUAAACUUACAUGAACAGAAUGACACAAAAACAAACAAAAAAGGCCAAUGAGAACUCGACUUCUGGCUCCUGGGACUGCACGGGACUGCUCCAAACUCACCUCACUGGCUGCCAUGUCCCAAGACUAGGUUGUGUACAGUUUAAUUAUGGAACAUUAAAUAAUUAUUUUUGAAAUGAUUGCUAUGCAGGUUUAAACUUUUUUAAUGAUCAAAACUAUUAAAAACCAGAGUUCUUUCUUUAAAAAAAAA